AUGAUCCAGGUAAGGCACCCCGGGGACAAUGGCAAUUUGGAAGAGGGUAGCCUGAAUGAUGGCACACUGAAUGUUAGCACACUGCAUGCUGGCACACUAAAUGAUGGCACACUGGGUGAUGAUACACUGAACGAUAGCACACUCAAUGAUGGUACACAGAACGAUGGCACACUGAAUGAUGGUACACAGAACGAUGGCACAGUGAAUGAUGACACACUGAAUAAUGGUACACAGAACGAUGGCACACUGAAUGAUGGUACACAGAACGAUGGCACACUGAAUGAUGGUACACAGAACGAUGGCACACUGAAUGAUGGUACACAGAACGAUGGCACACUCAAUGAUGGUACACAGAACGAUGGCACAGUGAAUGAUGACACACUGAAUAAUGGUACACAGAACGAUGGCACACUGAAUGAUGGUACACAGAACGAUGGCACACUGAAUGAUGGUACACAGAACGAUGGCACACUGAAUGAUGGUACACAGAACGAUGGCACAAACGAUGGCACACUGAAUGAUGGUACACAGAACGAUGGCACACUGAAUGAUGGUACACAGAACGAUGGCACACUCAAUGAUGGUACACAGAACGAUGGCACACUCAAUGAUGGUACACAGAACGAUGGCACAGUGAAUGAUGACACACUGAAUAAUGGUACACAGAACGAUGGCACACUGAAUGAUGGUACACAGAACGAUGGCACACUCAAUGAUGGUACACAGAACGAUGGCACACUGAAUGAUGGUACACAGAACGAUGGCACAGUGAAUGAUGACACACUGAAUAAUGGUACACAGAACGAUGGCACACUGAAUGAUAUCACACUUGAUGAUGAGAACUCUGAACGAUGGCACACUGAUUGA